CCUUAGACUACCACGCCCACCCACGUGCUACCUUAUGGAUAACUCUAAAGUCUUCUUGAUAGCUGAAAGGCUCCAACUUUUAAGAAUAAAAUACGAAAGACUAAUACAAGUAUCUACUGCUAUUCUUGAACCUUGGCCAUCAAAAGAGAAGCCACUCCCACAAGAACCCUCUUCCUCUCUACCUGAAAAUGGUGUACCUGUGUCUCCUCAAGUACCGUCACCUGAAAUACAAAAUAUUGAUAAAAUACUGGCCGUAGCUCAAAAGGUUCGUGGAGGUGGUCAUUUUAAAGAGGCUACAAAAACAUCCACAACCUGUAAAGAGAGCCUUAAAAAAGCAAAGUCUGUAUACAAGACUGAGAAACCUUUGACGUCUUCAAGUGUUCAUUCAACUACAUCUAAGAGUUUUGGUGGUAGGAGUGUAGCUAAAAGAAGAAAAGAGAAAGGAGAAAGUGGAUUUCAUGUAUCUUCUUUUGUCCCUCCAUCUCCUCCCCACCUGGAGGAUACAAAGGAACAAGAAGAGCUGUUUACUUUAAAAUAUAAAGGCGGGAGUCUUGAAUUACCAAGUAAAUAUAGACGUUUGAGAAGCAUAAUCUCAAAAUUUAAAGAGACUAGUUUUAAAAUCCAUGAUGACAAUGAUGAAACUAAGGAUGACAUUUUUCUUCAAAAUAUGAAGACCUCAAAUAAAGAAGAGAGAGUAAAGUAUGCCAAGCUCUGCCUGCUAAAAGAAGAGCUGACUCUUUUAAAAGAACACUUAUCAAUGCCUCUUAAUGAUAGCAAGGGCUCAUCAAUUAUCGAUUUAGAGGAUGCAUUGGAGUCUAAAUAUAAGCUAGAGCUGCUCCUACAAUCAUUUGACAGAUUAGUUAUUGAUAGUGAUGAACUCUGUGAUGUGAAAGAACCUUAUCAUGAAUCUGGUGUAAAAUCAUUGUCUCUUGAUUUGGAGUAUAUUCAAUUGAUGCUUGAUAGUGAGUUUCUUCUGCUAUGUACCUCUCAUCUCAUACCUUUACUACAUUCAAUGGACCAGUCUGAUCAGAGGUACACACAAUUAUUUCACUCCAUACAGAACAUUGCUGGUCUAAAUAAAACUAUAAUUGUUUCAGUUGAUAUUGACAGAAAUAAAAAAUAGCAAUAAUACCUAAUAUAAUUUAAAAUUCUAUUAAUGUUCUCUAGUGUCUCCAUCCAA